AAGCCGAGCAGUAUGCUUUGCUGAUAAAUAUAUUGGAAAUAUAUUGGAGUCAGGGAGCUUUUCCGUCAGGCGAUAAGAUAUGGAAGUGGCAGCCACACACCACUCAUCGUUCCAUUCAGUACACUAAGAAACUUAACGAUGGCCAGAUGUUUGGAUGUUACGAGAGGAGGGCUGGGCCUGACCUUUGCCCUGCUACUGCUCUGCCAGCUUGUCCAGGCGGAGAUUAUCGAUGCGGAGGAAACGGACCGCUUCUGCUAUCCGGAGACCAUGAAGAACUCGCGUCGCUCCUGCGAGUGCAGCAAUGUGAGUGCUUCGCCCUGGGGAAUGCGUGCCCUGCACAUCGACUGCAGCUACAAGGAGUACCGCGUGCGGGAUCUCUCCCUGCUGCUGCCCCUCUACGUCGACACGCUGGACCUGUCCUGGAAUGCCCUGGAUGCUGUGCCCAUCUUCACCAGCGACAGUCUGCAUCAGCUGAAUCUGAGGCACAACAAUGUUUCCCAGUUGCUGGCUGGCAACUUCAAGCAAUUGACUAGUUUAAGGGAGCUCUAUCUGGGCUGGAACAGCAUUGUCCGCGUGGAGGUUAACUCCUUCGAGGGUUUGCCCCAUCUGCAGGUGCUCGACCUGGCCCACAACAAUCUGCACACGCUGCCCGGUCAACUGUUGGCCCCCCUCUUGGUGCUGGGCACCCUGGAUCUGUCCUGGAAUCGCCGUUUCAACGAGUCUGGCGGCGGAGAUUUGUACACCGCUCUGGGACUCAACUGGAAACUGGCCACCUUGCGGCUGGAUGCCUGCAGUCUGGGUGAACUCCAGCUGCCCGUGAAUGCCCCCCUGAAGGAGCUCUCGCUGCGCCGGAAUCAGCUGAAGCGGAUACCCAGCCAACUGCCGGCCACGCUGCUGCGCCUGGACAUCAGCGACAAUCUGCUGGAGGAGCUGGUUUCCCAGGAUACGGUAAAUCUUACCCAGGUGCGUCAGCUCUACAUCGAGGAUAUGCCGCUGCUGCAGAGCGUGGCGGCCCAUGCCCUGAACUCCGAUGUGCUGGAGACCUUGAGCUUCCAGAACAGCCGGCAACUGAGAAGCCUGGAUGCGGAGGCCUUUGGACCCAUCGCUAGAACCACCACAAAGCAGGCUCUGCGGUCGCUGAGCUUUCGUGGCACUCUGCUGCGCUCCUUUAAUUCCACGCUGGCGCCGCUUUUUACGCAGCUUGCCGAGCUGGAUCUCAAUGGUCUGCCGCUGCAGUGUGACUGCGAGUUGGUCUGGCUGAAGCAGUUGCCCAUGCAGACGAAUGGCCGUUGUUACAAGCCAUCCCGCAUCCGCGGCAUGCUGGUCACCGCCGCCCGGAGCGAUGCCUUCAGCUGCGACACCUGGCCGCGUUGGGCCUACGGCCUCGUGGUGCUCACCCUCAUCGCCCUCAGCGCCGCGGGCAUCUACCUGAUCGUGAUGGGUCUGCGACCGCACCGCGGAGUGACCAUGCGCCGCAAGGUGGGCGCCAGCAGUCCCUACGCCCGCGUCACCAUCGAACCCAAUCGCCAGGAGAACCCCCACUAGAGCAUGUUAAGCCAACUAACAAAUAAGUUACUGUAUUUAAUAGCACUUCAGUAGACAAUAAGGCCGCAGUCUUGCAAAUGUAUGCAACUAAUUGGCUCAGUUUAUCAUUGAGCUGGGUCAAUUCUAUGACAGUUUUAAACUUAAAAUGACAGAAAAAUAAAAAUUCAAAAAUAAAUGGUAAUAUGUAGAACAAGGCGUGGCUAUUUCACUACUAAAUUAAAUUAGUAUGAGCCAAAUUAUGGCUUAGAAAUUCUAAUUUUCGGUAACUCCUGUGGACAAAUUUAGUUUAAAAUGUGACAAAAGGAUUUACCAAUUAAAUUCAAAACUAGAAAGAAAUGAACUAAAAUGAUGAUUAUAAAAUAUCCUUAAACAUUAUAUAGACACAAACAUUUUAAGGUAAAACACUUUUUUAGU